AGUAUGUAUAUAGAGAGGCACGUGACAGGUUCGCACAGGACCUCGUUUCGACGUACGAACGAUACGUUGGGAUGGCCCUCUCACAUUGUUGGUGAUUCUAAAUAGAGGGGCUGAGGGGGAGGGAUGAAGACCGGAUGAGAUUAUACGUAGGCCCGAGGGUUUAGUGUGUGUUUCAACAGUGAGUAUGUACAUACGCAAGUCUACUGGGGUUACACGCUUACACAAACACAUGUGUAUGGGGUAAAAGAGAAGGGAGGACUGGAAAAUGCCUGGUCUGUCCAUCAUUCCCCUUGCCCUUCCUGCAUCGGUGGUAACCGAGCGCCCUUGCUUGCCUCAUUUUAUCAGCCUUUAAACCCCUUUUCAUAUAUGUACCGAGAAGAACACCGUCCUCCAGUAUGUACUGACGAUAUCCAAUGAGGCCACGAGACCGACAGCGAUAUUAGUUGCAUUGUCAAAUAUCCGGAUACUCAGGGCGAUUUAAUUAUCACUGGGUCUAUAGAUAUAUAUUGGGGGAGGGACAUUAAAUGAAAUGGGUGGUUUAGGGGUUAAUGUCAAUGAUAGGGUGGGGCAAGGAGAACCAUCGGAAAAAAUGAAUUUAGAGCGAAAGUCAGGCGUUUUCUUUGAGCUAAAAAUAAUAAAUUAUCGAGAAUAUCAACCCAGUGCAUGUGGUAUUGUGACUUGUGACUCUUGUCCAGAGCUCCAUGACGAGUGAACGGUGAGCGAUUUCCGAUGGUCGUCCUUGGCAUCGACAUUGGAGAUCAAAGGAUUGGCCAUCGGUAUUUAAAUAAAUUACAAUCGACGAGAAUAAAAUUUGAAAAUUGACCUUACAAGUCAAUUCCGCGAUAGAAGUAUCCCCAGCUGACUGAGUGGAAAAAAAAAAUCAUGAGAAAUAAUUUCCCCAGUUUGACAUAGAAUCUACUGCAGCUGUGUUUAUGUUCGUGAGUGUAAAAAAAAGUGAUACAAAAAACGAAUCCCACUGGGAGCGGCAGUAGCUGCUAUAUGCAGUGAGUGGAUGAGUGAGUGCACGAGUAAAAGUGAGUGAACGAACGAGGUGGUAGAACAGGGACAGAGCCGGGGAGUCGUGGAUUUCGCGGUGUUGGGGGUGUUGGGGGUGGUUCACCAUAGUGUACCACUGGCGUGCAGCACAGAAGAGUGAAGUGGAGUGGGACGAGAGUGUGUAUGUAGAGGAUGGAGUGAGGUUGAAAGAGGAUGAGGUGGUUGGGGAUGGUGAGGGUAUUUGUUGGCGCGAGUGGCUAGCCAGUCGGAUUACCACUGUGGGUGGAGUGAGUAAAAAGGGACAGGGAGAGAGGAAGUGAGUGGGUUGGAAAAGGCUGGUCAAGCGCUGGGAUGUUGGAAGAGCUGUUAUGCAGAUAGAGAGAGAGAGAGAGAGCGCCAAAGAGUGCGCCAGUGUACGAGGAAGAGUGAGUUGGUGAGGGAGGGGGAAAGGGGGUAGCCAGCAAUGACACACAAGGCUGUACCACUCGUCGAAAAAUGUAGUCGAGUGUGCGAAAGAGAACACCGGGGUCAAAAUGGGUUAAAUAGAGGAGGAUGGAUGUAUUCGUCCAAUAGAGACCGACGAAACCAACACUGGAAAAUUUACACGCAUCACAGCGGGUACGACGCUGAAUGGCGAGGGUUAAAAGAGCAUCGCUAAUGGCCCUGCUCGGUUAUUUUGUGGAUUUUUAUAAUACGAACACCGAGUUUCUGAUGGAACAACCUCUGUGUAGAAAAUCUCUCAGAGCUUUUUUUGCCAUCGAUGGAUCAACGGUUUUUCGGCGCCAUCGGGCUUUUCACGGCGGGGAGGCACUCUGGAUAAUUAUGAUGAUUACGAUAGAAUUUUUGAUGGGGUAGGGUAUUGAUGGGACUGACUGGAUUGCUAGGAAGUAAUAGCAUCGCAUAGUGAGCCACGUGCGCGUGUGGGCACGUAAACGCUACCGUCUCCCCGAAGAGUAGCUCAAGCUCGUUGGGAAAGGGAAAUCGGUGAAGUUUCAUCAACUCCUGGGAGCAGAAGCAGGAAGACGUAGAAAAUCCCAACGCAGAGGGAGACAAUCCACCCCGAGGGCCAACAGUCAGAGGGAGAUAGCAGAGCGCGAGUGAGAGUGUCCCUCCCCUCUCGUCCACCCACCCCCCCGUUAUGUAUAGGUAGAACUUGUCAAGGCCUUAGGUACCGCCAGCAACCCUCAAGCCUUGGUUAGGGGCUGAAGGCGGCGAGCCACUGAGGCCACAAACACGACCACCGUCCUCAUUGGUCGACGCGUCACCACUGGGUGGGGCUCUGGGAAAAAGUUGGUGGGGGAAAAAAUCCCCUCUAAAUAGCUGCGGCAACGUAAGCGAAAAACUAGAAUCCGCUGAGCCGGCACCGAGUGCGCGUCGUAUAUUCAACAUUUACCUUUCAACACUGUUGCAAACAUCAAACUGCAGCGGUGCAGCACCACUUCACCGACUCCACACGAUUCCACCAAGACAGUAUAUCUAUACGUAAUAAGAGUAACAUAUAUUUGUCAGUGUUUGUUGAGCGUUCGGCAAUCGUUAAUUAGUGUCAGCGAAGUGUUGUGUGAAGUGUUUUAAAAUCAGUGAUUAACAAGUUGGUAGCCAUUGAUCCUCGGGUCAAUCGGCUUGUUGUGCACAAAAAGGAUUUAUAAUCACAAUUAUCGAUAUUGGAGGAUUUGUUAAAAAUGCAUUUACCCGAGGGACCAAAUGGAAUGGAGAUCUUCAGCCAUGUACACGAUACACUGAGAGCGUGUCACGGUGAUCUUGUGCAGACCGGUAGUCCUGCUAUUUUGUGCAGCGCCCUACCGACCCACUGGAGAUCCAACAAAUCAUUGCCGGUUGCAUUCAAAGUCGUCGCACUCGACGACGUCAGCGAUGGUACACUAGUCACUAUUCGCGCUGGUAAUGACGAGAAUUGUUGCGGUGAAUUGAGAAAUUGUACCGCAGUCAUGAAGAAUCAAGUGGCUAAAUUCAAUGACCUGAGAUUCGUUGGACGCAGCGGUAGAGGCAAAUCAUUCUCCCUGACGAUUCAAAUCAGCUCGAUACCGUUUCAAGUCGCCACCUACACCAAAGCCAUCAAGGUGACGGUGGACGGCCCCAGGGAGCCUCGAUCCAAGUCGAAUUAUCAGUACGGCCCAGGCUUCCCAGGACUCGGUCUCCUCAAUCCCUGGUUGGACGCAGCGUAUCUCGGUCACGCGUGGCACCUGCAUCAUCCUGCUCUAAUGAAAGCAGGUACUGUACCAAUGCCAUCAGCGGAUCUGUUCACACCAAAUUUUCCACCUACAGUACUACCGUCCACGUACCCAUUUCACGAACACGUCAAGUAUCCAACUGAGUAUCCUGGUAUGCCAACCAAUAAAACACCAGCACUACCAAACAGCCCAUCGAGAACACCACCAAGAAGUCCAAGUGACAGUGGCAGUGAAUCAGCGACUGAUGAAGUACGCAGUGCCUUUGUGCCAAUUAGAAUAAAUUCACUGCCACCAGCACCGAUAGCCGUUACCCCAUCGUCAUCAUCGCCAGGUAGGCCAGUUGCAUCGAGAAAACCAACGGAAGGUGUAAAGUGCGAGCUCAAAGCACCAACGACACUAAUAUCGAAGAGAAGUCCAUCACCCACGAAAUUACUGUCACCACCAGCUGCCAAGCCUGUUUGGAGGCCUUACUAAGUUUCAAUGACUCAUGAUCUUACGGAACGUUUUUUGGUGAUUUAAUCUCAAGAACGCUGGAAGGCUAGUGAUAUAUCUCCGAAGGCGCCAAGCGUCUACGAGUGACUAUUUAUUUACGCGUCAAAAAAUUACUUCUGUUUCUGUCACUGGAUAACCGAUUGAUCCCAGUGUCGUGGCAAUUUUUUUUUCCCUCAGUAUAUUUGAUUCUACUGUACAUAAUGUGACUGAAUUAUCAUUGUUGUACAUGCGACGAUUGUAGAUAUACAAUGGACAAUAAUUUUUAGGAUGUGUGAGUAAAUGAAUUCUUUUGUUCUUCUUUUGUGAUUGUAUAUAGGGGAGAGGGCAACAGACUGGGUGGGUAGAGGCCGUAAUAAUGUGUUGUAAAUAUAAUCAUCGUACGUCUGAUUGUGGUUUAUGGAAGAUGAUAAAAAGAAAGUUAUUUAUAAAUAGUAACCAUUAAGUCAGAGAAAAAAAAAUUUAAUUUAAUGUAAAGAGAGUAAUAUAGAAGAAUGCAGAUGGAAUAAAAGAGAAACUUUUACCUGAUAUGUUUCUUCAUUAUUGAUACGCUAAAUCCCUCACUCGUAUUAAGUCAAAAUCCUCUCGCACUUUGGAUACAGUUGUAAAGAUUUAACAAUUGUGAAUUCACCCAUUCGGUGUUUCCAAAUUGGUUGGA